AAAUAAUAAGUGAAGGUCAAGGAUUCGACAUGGAAUCACAAUUUUCUCUUUUGGAGCGUGGUGCUGUAUUAUCAGCAUUGGAGGAAUGCACAGAUGCAUUAGCCAUAUACCAGUACACAUUGAAGAAGCCAUCAGUGCAUAUAGGCAUUGAUAUCGACUGCAUUCCACCGGAAGUGAGAUAUUCAAAUGUAAUGAGAACACAAUUAUUUGGAAACAAUGCUAAUGUUGUACAAAAAUAUUUGGAGCAACGUGCAAUAUUCGAUAAACUUCAACGAGAUGGUUUAUACAUAGAGAGGCUUGUGACAGAGACGAAGAAGGUUUUUCACAAGAAUGGAUUCCUCGACACGUUGAUUGAUGAAGUUGAAAAAGAAGAAAGUCAAAAAAAAAAUGAAGAAUUUUUAUUAUCAGAAAGUUUACAAUUGGAAGAAAAAUUGUCCAGCCUUUGCCAAAUCAGAGAUAGCGAAAUUAUUACCAAUAAAGAAGAGACGGAAAUAUUGAAACAAAAAUUACUCGAUACAAAUAAAGAAAUGAAAGAGAUGACAAAUAAAACACGUGUGGAAUUAGAAUACAUAAGUGCUUGGAAAAAGUCACAAUGUCAGCAAAGUAUUUUGCGUGGCAAUAUCAAUUUAAACCAUCUGAACUUGUCUCAAAGGCAUUGUCUUAUCAUCAAGAAAAAUGAACAUCGUGUAACGGAGAAUAUCGAAGCUUUUCUCCUACAGAGCCUGGCUACGAACGAAAAGCAGUCUCUGUAUUGGAAUCAAAGACACAUCAAAGAAUCAACGAUGUAUGAGGCAGAAAUUCGACAACUCAGAAACGAGAUAGAAAUUCGACGAAGCGUUCUUGAGGAUCUCAAACGUGAGUAUGAUAGUAGGCAAGCAUUCAUAGACACGUAUCUUGCGGAGAAGGAAGCCAUCCGGAAGCAAAAAGAACACGAGGAAUAUGUUCGAAGAAGUGCAAUCAAGAUUCAAGCUUGGUGGAGAGGCGUCAUGGUACGCCGGAAACUGGGACCCUAUCGACCAGAGGAUAAGAAAAAGCGUUCAACAAAAACCAAAAAAUAAUCUCACAAUCUCAACCGCAGCAUUAGAAAAAAAAAAAAUGAAGAAAAUUUGUGAUCAUUAAAAUCUAUUUAGG